AUGUUGUUCGACACCGUAGCGUACCAAACUCAGCCCACCCUCGUGGUAUUCUUCGGGGCAGCAAUCGCAUUUACAACCAUCGGUCUGAUCAGCAAUGUCAUAUACAAUCUCUUCUUGAAUCCUUUGGUUUCCUUUCCUGGACCGCGCAUCUGUGCAAUCUCAAGAAUCCCGCAGUUACUUGUCACCAUCAGCGGCAAGCAACUCGACGUUCUGCAAUAUCUUCACAAUGUCUACGGCGGUGUGGUCAGGAUCGCUCCAGAUACUCUCACUUACACCGACGGAAGGGCCUGGGCGGACAUCUGCGGCGCGACAAAAUAUGCUAAAGAUGGCAUGGCUAAAGAGCCGCGAUUGGCCGCUCUUAUUGGCGGCGAAAACACCAAUCCCGAACCUGGAAAGCCCCGGCGCCAGCAAGCUCACGGCCUCAUGCGAAUGGCUAUGCUUCCUGCUUUCAAGGCCUCGAACGUGCGAACUAUGGAGGGUGUGAUUCAGGCAAAUCUCGCGGAGUAUUUUCAAGCCAUCGACGCUGGCAUGGAACACGACGGAAUGAUCGACAUGCGCAAUAUGAACAUUUACCUCAUAUGCAACACCUUCUUUGAGCUGCUCUUCAGUGAGAGCUUGAACCUGUUCAAAAGCGCCAAGUAUCAGUCCUGGGUACACUCCUUCGACCGCUUCUCUCGUGCGGUGACAAUUUUGGCCGUGGUGAAUCGAUUCCCUUUCGUCCAACAUGCACUCCGAUUCGUCGUUCAACGCUUGGGCGCCAAAGAUCGUGACACAUUUAUGGAGCCUAUCCUGGACCACUUCGAUCGCCGCGUAGCCUCGGGACAGUCCCGGAAUGAUUUUCUCGAACAUCUUCUAGAAGGGGAGGGUAAGGUGAACACCAUGUCACUUCCUUCGCUGCGUGAAUUUGUACCGUUUCUGGUUCUUGGCGGCUGCGAUACCAUGCCCACAGUCAUGGCUGGUCUUUAUUAUUUCCUCGCCCAGAAAAACAAAAUUCAGAAACGUGUCGUGGAGGAAGUUCGAAGCUAUUUCGAGUCCGAGCAAGAAAUCACUCUAGCUCGCCUCGCCAACGUUCCCCGCGACCUGCCCUAUUUCGAGGCUUGUUUGCAAGAAGCCUUUCGCUGUUACUCUCCAGCGGGCACAGGAACCGACCGGGAAGUCCCUCAAUCAGGCGCGCGAAUUGCCGAUCGUUGGGUCCCUGGUGGUACUGUCGUAAUCAUGCUCCAUCAGCCGACAUUCACAUCGCAGCAAAACUUCACCCAAGCCAACGAAUUUCGCCCGGAAAGAUGGCUGGAUAAUGAAUCUGGCCGCCGAAAGGAAUUUGAAAGCGACCAAAGAGGAGUGCUCAAACCGUUUAGCACAGGACCUCAGGCCUGUCCCGGGCAAGAGUUGACAUACUAUAUUCUUCGCAUGAUUUUCUUGAGGAUGCUUUACCGAUACAACAUGCAGCUUGCACCGCAAAGCUCGACGUGGAUGGAUAACCAGCUCACGUAUAGUUUGAGGAUGAAACCUCCGCUUAUGAUGAUUCUGAAGCCGCACAAUGUCUGA